AUGACUGCUUCAGAAGAAUACUUGGAGAACUUAAAGCCGUUCCAAGCCGGUGUCCCUCCACAUGAUCCUGAGUCGAAUAAAAAACGGUACUUACUGAAAGACUCUAAUGGUAAAAAAUUUGAUCUAGAAGGAACAACGAAAAGAUUUGAACAUUUACUAUCUUUAAGUGGAUUAUUCAAACAUUUCAUCGAAAGUAAAGCUGCUAAAGAUCCUAAAUUCAGGCAAGUUUUAGACGUACUAGAGGAAAAUAAAGCAAAUGGUAAUGGAAAAGGCAAUCACCUAGAUGUUCGUAGAAGAAAAACUGAACAUGAAGAAGAUGCAGAAUUACUGAAAGAAGAAGAUUCAGAUGAUGAUGAGAAUAUUGAAUUUCAAUUCAGAGAUUCUCCUGCUUACGUGAACGGGAAACUGAGACCUUAUCAAAUACAAGGUGUCAACUGGUUGGUAUCUUUGCAUAAGAACAAAAUAGCAGGUAUUCUCGCCGAUGAAAUGGGCCUAGGCAAAACCUUGCAAACUAUUUCGUUUUUGGGGUAUCUUAGAUAUAUCGAGAAAAUUCCAGGUCCAUUUUUGGUUAUUGCACCUAAAUCUACCUUAAAUAAUUGGCUGAGAGAAAUUAAUAGAUGGACCCCAGAUGUUAACGCUUUUAUUUUACAGGGUGACAAAGAACAAAGAGCUGAUUUAAUUCAGAAAAAACUGUUAGGUUGUGACUUCGACGUUGUAAUCGCUUCUUAUGAAAUUAUUAUAAGAGAGAAGUCACCACUUAAGAAAAUUGAUUGGGAAUAUAUCAUAAUUGAUGAGGCUCAUAGGAUCAAGAAUGAAGAGUCUAUGCUUUCACAAGUCCUGAGGGAGUUUACUUCACGUAAUAGGCUAUUGAUCACUGGUACACCCUUGCAAAACAAUUUGCAUGAACUGUGGGCACUACUGAAUUUUUUGCUUCCAGAUAUUUUUUCAGAUGCUCAAGAUUUUGAUGAUUGGUUUUCUUCGGAAAGUACUGAGGAAGAUCAAGAUAAAAUUGUUAAACAACUGCACACUGUUUUACAACCGUUUCUAUUGCGUCGUAUUAAAAGCGACGUGGAAACAUCCUUACUACCUAAAAAGGAAUUGAAUUUAUAUGUCGGUAUGUCUAAUAUGCAGAAGAAGUGGUACAAAAAAAUUCUGGAAAAGGAUUUGGAUGCUGUUAACGGGUCCAACGGUAGCAAGGAAUCUAAAACAAGGCUUCUGAAUAUUAUGAUGCAACUGAGAAAAUGUUGUAACCAUCCAUAUUUAUUCGAUGGUGCUGAGCCAGGCCCACCGUAUACGACGGAUGAGCACUUGGUUUAUAAUGCUGCUAAACUUCAAGUUUUAGAUAAGUUGUUGAAAAAGUUAAAAGAAGAAGGUUCUAGAGUUUUGAUUUUCAGUCAAAUGUCAAGGGUAUUGGAUAUCUUGGAAGAUUAUUGCUACUUUAGAAAUUAUGAAUAUUGUAGGAUUGACGGGUCUACUGCCCAUGAGGAUAGAAUCCAAGCCAUUGAUGAUUAUAAUGCACCAGACUCCAAGAAAUUUGUCUUCUUGUUGACGACACGUGCUGGUGGAUUGGGUAUUAAUUUGACGUCUGCAGAUAUUGUUGUCCUAUAUGAUUCUGAUUGGAACCCACAAGCAGAUUUGCAAGCAAUGGAUAGAGCACAUCGUAUUGGUCAGAAGAAACAAGUUAAGGUAUUCCGGUUGGUGACAGAUAAUUCCGUGGAAGAGAAAAUUCUAGAAAGAGCUACUCAGAAGCUCAGGUUAGAUCAGCUGGUUAUUCAACAAAAUAGAACCUCUUUAAAGAAAAAGGAGAAUAAAGCUGACUCCAAGGAUGCUUUGUUAUCCAUGAUUCAACAUGGUGCCGCUGAUGUAUUUAAAAGUGGUGCAUCCUCUAAUUCAGCUGGUACACCAGAACCAGGAGCAGAAGAAAAGGGAGAUGAUGUUGAUCUGGACGAACUUUUAAUGAAAUCUGAAGACAAAACGAAAUCAUUGAAUGCCAAAUAUGAAACCUUAGGUCUUGAUGAUUUACAAAAAUUUAAUCAAGAUUCGGCAUAUGAAUGGAAUGGACAAGACUUCAAGAAAAAGACACAAAAGGAUAUUAUUAGUCCCCUGUUACUUAACCCCACUAAACGUGAACGUAAGGAGAAUUAUUCUAUUGAUAAUUAUUAUAAAGAUGUUUUGAAUACCGGAAGGUCUUCGACACCAUCGCAUCCGAGAAUGCCUAAGCCGCAUGUCUUUCACUCUCAUCAAUUACAACCUCCGCAGUUAAAAGUUCUAUACGAAAAGGAAAGAAUGUGGACAGCGAAGAAGACCGGUUAUGUACCGACCAUGGAUGAUGUAAAGGCGGCGUAUGGGGAUAUUUCCGAUGAAGAUGAAAAGAAACAAAAAUUAGAACUACUAAAGUUGUCCGUUAAUAAUUCUCAACCAUUAACGGAAGAAGAAGAAAAGAUGAAAGCCGAUUGGGAGGCAGAAGGGUUUACUAAUUGGAAUAAACUAGAGUUUAGAAAAUUCAUCACCGUAUCUGGAAAAUACGGUAGGAACUCCAUACAAGCCAUCGCAAGAGAACUGGCGCCAGGUAAAACACUGGAGGAAGUUCGUGCUUAUGCUAAAGCUUUCUGGUCUAACAUUGAAAGAAUUGAAGAUUAUGAGAAAUACCUAAAAAUCAUUGAGAAUGAAGAAGAAAAGAUCAAGCGUGUUAAAAUGCAACAAGAAGCUUUACGUCGAAAGCUAUCUGAAUAUAAGAAUCCAUUCUUUGAUCUGAAAUUAAAGCACCCUCCUUCCUCUAACAAUAAAAGGACGUACUCUGAAGAAGAGGAUCGUUUCAUCCUUUUAAUGUUAUUCAAAUACGGCUUGGAUAGAGAUGACAUAUACGAAUUAGUACGAGAUGAAAUCAGGGACUGUCCUUUAUUUGAAUUAGACUUUUAUUUUAGAAGUAGGACGCCUGUAGAACUAGCUAGAAGAGGAAAUACAUUACUACAAUGUUUGGAAAAGGAAUUUAACGCAGGAGUUGUAUUGGAUGAUGCUACUAUGGACAGAAUGAAGAAAGAAGAUGAAAAUGGUAAGAGAAUAAGGGAAGAAUUUGCAGAUGAGGCUGCCAAUGAAAAGGAAAAUGUUGAUGGAGUAGAAACUAAAAAAGCAAAAAUUGAGGAAAAAUCGAAUUCUGGGACUGAGCAAUUGUCAGUAAAGAACACUCCAGAAAAUGAUAAUGCUAACUAA